AUGGCGCCAUCCGGGCAUUGGCGACAGUAUCAGUCCAGCAACAGUACCACUUCAGGUCGCAGCGAACACAGCGACCGUUCCUACGAAACAGCCCCAACAGAGUACAGCGGCCGGAGACCGUCUCUAGCUUACAGCGAAACAUGUCAUGGCCGCAUACAAGGACGCUAUCAGGAACAUGAUUACGCUACGCCUCAACACCAAGUCGAGCCCUACCAGCAAUUUCCUCCACGUUCAUCAGUCGACACAUAUGCGUCGACAUCAGAAGAGGAUCUCGCCGAUGAUUUCGAAGGCAUGCCAGAUUACGAUGUCCCCGUAUAUCGCCAUGAGCCGCUAGGCGGCGAUGCCAUUCCCACCACACCCCGCGACUUUGGAGAGCUCUUCCCCACCUCAAAACGCAUAUCAAUACGACAUGACGACUCGACGAUUGAUGGAAACAUGAACCUGAGGGUAGACACACAGGUCGAGGAUCGAUCCCACCGGAAACAGAGCUACACUCUCUUCCAUCUCCGCAUGCAGGACCUCCGCACUCGUCAAUUCUCGCUUCGUCGUUACUGCAGAGACUCUGGCCGUGAGGUUUGCCACUCAACACGCAAGUACCAAAAGCCUGCCACCGAGAUGCGGCCAGUGCUGCAGCGUGCCAGCACAGCCCUCGCUAGCCUUGUCAAAUCCGAACCCCGCCCCUCGACAUCAGCAGGCCUGAAGCGAGCAGACUCGGGAUAUGACUCAAUGCACCACAUUACUCGCCGCGACGACGAUGAUGAUGACGACGACGAUCUAGUUGAGUCACGUCCCAAAACCGUGGGCUACUCCAAAGGCCGGGCACUGAUUCCGACGAAUACCAUCAAGCUCGAGUUUUCCAACUACGCCCACAUUGAUGUAAAGAGACGUGGCGCCAAGUCGUACAAGAAAUAUGCGUUUGAAUACUGGGGCAAUGACUAUUCGUGGAAACGCAUCAUUAAGAAAGAAGGCCAGCAAGAAUCCAUUUCCUACUACUUGGUCCGCGACGACAACGACAAGGAGCCGCUCGCCCACAUCUGUCCUGUGCGCGUGACGCCCAGCGAAGCGCAUGAGGAGGCUGCGAGGGGUGGCUGGGUGCCCCCGUGCUAUAUGCGCAUCACCGACGAGCGGAUCCUGAGUUCCGACUCGGACAUAUCUGAUGUUGUGGUUGCAACGGGUCUAAUGGCACUUGUGGAUGACUGCAUCAAGCGACGUUUCCACUCGAAGCAGACUACGCACAUGCAUAUUCCGCUGCUGCGUAACUCAUCUUUCAAGAUGGCCAAUUUGGAGUACAUUGGCCCCAAGCGGUUAAUUGAUGAAGUCUUCAACCGAAAGCAGCACGACGGUAGCACAGCCAAGAGACCGACACCACCGGCGGCUGUGCGUCGUGUCGCGACGUGA